AUGGGCUACAUAAAACAAGAGAAACACCCAUUAGAAUACGAAUAUCUACAACCCGAACAUUUAAAAGGAUUCGAUUCUUAUAAGUACAACUGCGUCGACAACUCACCCUUAUCAGUCUACGUUUCCCACCCGUUUUGGAAUGGGUUAGUAGAGUUUUACCCACGAACAUGGGUGCCGAACGUGCUAACUCUCGUCGGUUGGGGAUUCGUAAUGGCGGGUUUUUUCAUCGAAGGAUUCUUGGAUUAUCGAAUCGAUCGAAAUUCUGAUGGAUCAGUGAAUCCAAUACCGGAUUGGUUCUGGUUCGCCGCCGCUUUGUGCACAUUUUUAGGUCAUACAUUGGAUGGAACAGACGGAAAACAAUCGAGACGAAUUGGGGCUAGCGGGCCGACCGGCGAGCUUUUCGACCAUGGUCUCGACUCGUGGUCCACCGUCCCAUUCACCAUCACAAUUUUCUCGAUAUUCGGACGUGGCCGAUACAGUAUCUCUUCGGUUGAAUUGCUCUGUGUACUGAUUAGUACUCAAAUUGUAUUCUUUACGACACAUUGGGAGAAAUAUAACACUGGAAUCAUGUUCCUUUCAUGGGCUUAUGAUGUCAGCCAAUUUGGUCUCGUAAUUGUGUACAUGUGGACGUACUUUGUCGGCUAUCAAUGGUUCCAUUUCGAUCUUUUCGGUGUUAAUUUCGCAUUUACCUUCGAAAUCGGAUUCUACUUGUGUUGCCUGAUGUCUCUAAUCGCCUCGGCCUAUAAUGUUCAUAAAGCGGAGAAACUGAAACAACCGUCACUUCUUGCCGGUGUCCGACCCGCAUGGCCUGUACUAAUUCUCUUCGGAUCAUCCAUCUAUUGGGCGGUCGCAUCACCAACUAACGUCAUCGACGCGGAUCCCAGAUUCUUCUUCUUCUGUAUGGGAACUGUUUUUAGUAAUAUUACGUGUCGCCUAAUCAUCGCUCAAAUGGCAAGUACAGUAUGUGAUAUAUACAAUUUGACACUCGGAAUCUAUUUAUCUACUAUCGUUCUCUCAUUCUACUCUCCCGCCCAUGAGCUACUAAUUCUUCGUCUUUCAACACUAGUCAUCACUUCACUUCAUCUACAUUAUGGAAUCUGUGUGGUUCGUCAACUCUGCCGCCACUUCAAAAUUUACGCCUUCGACGUCUCGUAUCUUCAGAAUCGAAAAGAAUAA